CAUCCGGGUACUUGAAAAGGGUGCCCUGAGCGAAGCCUUGGGCUAGCUGAGAAGACGACGUGGCACGUUUUAUGUCGAUGCGAAAGACAGGCACUUCCUACAGCCACACGGGAGUGAAUGAGUGAGUCUGGCGAGCAGGCGCCUUUGAGCGCGAGUGGCGCGCAGGCAUCACGUUGGGCAGCUAAAUCGCCCGCGCGGAGUUAGUGGAAGGACCCGAAGGCGGCUGAGGCGAUGGCAGAGUCCUAACGCACCCCCCGGAGGCAGUGAGGCUGGGGGGAAACGAUCCGCCGCCAUCCGCGCCGUUCCAGAGGGUACUACCGCCCGAGUGUCUCGCAGUGGGGUCGGGGCGCCCGGCGGUGCCGAAGGGGGCGGGAAAGCAGCGGCCCGGCGUUUGCAGGAGGCCCGGAGCUGGCGGCCGUUGCCGAGCGACGCCAGAGCGGGAAGAAGGAAGGCCUAGCAGGCUCACGUGCAGCCUUUGCCUCUGUGCAGAGGAAGAGGUGGACUGAGCUCAGGUGAAGCUGUAAUCUAUUGUCACAAUGUUUCUUUACAACAUAACUCUGCAGCGAGCCACUGGUAUCAGCUAUGCUAUCCAUGGCAACUUUUCAGGUACCAAACAGCAAGAGAUUGUUGUUUCCAGAGGGAAGAUCUUGGAGUUGCUGCGUCCUGAUCCAAACACUGGAAAGGUCCAUACUUUGCUGACAGUAGAAGUGUUUGGAAUCAUUCGCUCCCUUAUGGCCUUCAGGUUAACUGGAGGAACCAAAGACUAUAUUGUGGUGGGCAGUGAUUCAGGGCGAAUUGUUAUCCUGGAGUACCAACCCUCUAAAAAUAUAUUUGAGAAGAUUCACCAGGAAACCUUUGGCAAGAGUGGCUGUCGCAGGAUUGUCCCUGGCCAGUACUUGGCUGUGGAUCCUAAGGGACGAGCUGUCAUGAUCAGUGCCAUUGAGAAACAGAAAUUAGUAUAUAUUCUGAACAGAGAUGCUGCGGCUCGACUCACCAUUUCUUCUCCAUUAGAAGCCCACAAGGCCAACACCUUGGUUUAUCAUGUGGUUGGAGUUGAUGUUGGGUUUGAAAAUCCCAUGUUUGCUUGUCUGGAAAUGGAUUAUGAGGAAGCUGAUAAUGAUCCUACAGGAGAAGCGGCAGCCAACACCCAGCAGACUCUGACGUUUUAUGAGUUAGAUUUGGGUUUGAAUCACGUGGUCAGGAAAUACAGUGAACCCUUGGAGGAACACGGCAACUUUCUUAUAACAGUCCCUGGAGGCUCUGAUGGUCCCAGUGGGGUGCUGAUUUGUUCAGAAAACUACAUCACCUACAAGAAUUUUGGUGACCAACCAGAUAUUCGAUGUCCUAUUCCGAGGAGAAGAAAUGACUUGGAUGACCCUGAGAGAGGCAUGAUCUUUGUCUGCUCUGCUACACACAAGACCAAGUCCAUGUUCUUUUUCCUGGCUCAGACGGAGCAAGGUGAUAUCUUCAAAAUCACUUUGGAGACUGACGAGGACAUGGUCACGGAGAUUCGCUUAAAGUACUUUGACACAGUUCCUGUAGCGGCAGCCAUGUGUGUGCUGAAAACCGGUUUCCUGUUUGUGGCUUCUGAGUUUGGGAACCAUUACCUGUACCAAAUUGCUCACCUGGGAGAUGAUGAUGAGGAGCCAGAGUUUUCCUCUGCCAUGCCUCUGGAAGAAGGAGACACUUUCUUUUUCCAGCCACGGCCUCUCAAGAACCUGGUGUUGGUGGACGAACUGGACAGCCUGUCUCCAAUAUUGUGCUGUCAGAUUGCUGAUCUGGCUAAUGAAGAUACACCCCAGUUAUAUGUGGCCUGUGGAAGGGGACCUCGAUCCUCAUUGAGAGUUCUAAGACAUGGACUUGAGGUAUCUGAGAUGGCCGUCUCAGAGUUGCCUGGUAACCCCAAUGCUGUCUGGACAGUGAGGAGACAUGUUGAAGAUGAGUUUGAUGCUUAUAUCAUCGUGUCCUUCGUCAAUGCCACCCUGGUACUGUCUAUUGGAGAAACUGUAGAGGAAGUGACAGACUCUGGAUUCCUGGGCACCACACCUACCUUGUCCUGCUCAUUGUUGGGGGAUGAUGCUUUGGUGCAAGUUUACCCUGAUGGCAUCCGGCAUAUCAGAGCAGAUAAAAGAGUUAAUGAGUGGAAGACGCCUGGCAAGAAAACUAUUGUCAAGUGUGCUGUGAACCAGAGACAAGUGGUGAUAGCGCUGACGGGAGGAGAGCUCGUCUACUUUGAGAUGGACCCGUCAGGGCAGCUGAAUGAAUACACAGAGAGGAAGGAGAUGUCUGCUGAUGUGGUGUGCAUGAGCUUGGCCAACGUUCCCCCUGGAGAGCAGCGCUCCCGUUUCCUUGCUGUUGGGCUGGUGGAUAAUACUGUCCGCAUCAUUUCACUCGAUCCCUCGGACUGCCUUCAGCCUUUGAGUAUGCAGGCCCUUCCUGCCCAGCCAGAAUCACUGUGUAUUGUUGAAAUGGGUGGAGCUGAGAAGCAGGAUGAACUGGGGGAAAGAGGCUCCAUUGGCUUCUUAUACCUGAACAUUGGCUUGCAGAACGGAGUACUGCUGCGAACUGUCCUCGACCCAGUCACCGGAGAUCUUUCCGACACAAGAACCAGGUAUCUUGGCUCUCGCCCUGUGAAGCUCUUCCGGGUCCGCAUGCAAGGACAAGAAGCGGUGCUGGCCAUGUCAAGUCGGUCGUGGCUGAGUUAUUCCUACCAGUCCCGCUUCCACUUAACCCCUCUCUCAUACGAGACACUGGAGUUUGCUUCUGGCUUUGCCUCUGAGCAGUGUCCAGAGGGCAUCGUUGCCAUCUCCACAAACACACUGAGAAUUUUGGCAUUAGAGAAACUUGGAGCGGUCUUCAACCAAGUGGCUUUCCCCUUGCAGUACACGCCCAGGAAAUUCGUCAUUCACCCCGAGAGCAACAACUUGAUCAUCAUUGAAACUGACCACAAUGCCUAUACUGAGGCCACAAAAGCCCAGCGGAAGCAGCAGAUGGCUGAGGAAAUGGUAGAAGCUGCAGGUGAAGACGAGAGAGAGCUGGCUGCGGAGAUGGCUGCAGCAUUUCUGAACGAGAACCUUCCAGAGUCCAUCUUUGGUGCCCCAAAGGCUGGAAAUGGGCAGUGGGCAUCAGUCAUCCGGGUGAUGAAUCCCAUCCAGGGCAACACCUUGGAUCUGGUCCAGCUGGAGCAGAAUGAAGCUGCCUUCAGUGUGGCCGUGUGCCGAUUCUCCAACACCGGUGAUGACUGGCAUGUCCUAGUGGGAGUGGCAAAGGACCUGAUCCUGAACCCCCGCUCAGUUGCGGGUGGGUUUGUCUACACCUACAAGUUGGUAAACAAUGGAGAAAAGCUGGAGUUCCUGCACAAAACCCCAGUGGACGAGGUCCCAGCAGCUAUUGCCCCAUUCCAAGGUAGAGCGCUGAUUGGUGUGGGAAAACUGCUGCGUGUCUACGACUUGGGCAAGAAGAAGCUUCUCCGAAAGUGUGAAAACAAGCACAUUGCCAAUUACAUUUGUGGGAUCCAGACCAUCGGGCACCGGGUGAUUGUCUCAGACGUCCAGGAGAGCUUUAUCUGGGUGCGCUACAAGAGGAAUGAGAAUCAGCUCAUCAUCUUUGCAGAUGACACACACCCACGUUGGGUGACCACCGCCUGCCUCUUGGACUAUGACACUGUGGCUGGAGCUGACAAAUUUGGCAACAUCUGUGUGGUGAGGCUGCCUCCCAACACAAACGAUGAAGUAGAUGAAGAUCCAACUGGAAACAAAGCUUUGUGGGACCGAGGGCUGCUCAAUGGAGCCUCGCAGAAGGCAGAGGUGAUUAUGAACUACCAUGUUGGAGAAACGGUGCUGUCUCUGCAGAAGACCACGCUGAUCCCGGGAGGCUCCGAAUCGCUCGUCUACACCACCUUGUCUGGCGGCAUUGGCAUUCUGGUCCCAUUCACAUCACAUGAAGAUCAUGACUUUUUCCAGCAUGUUGAAAUGCAUCUCCGUUCUGAGCACCCUCCUCUCUGCGGACGAGAUCACCUCAGCUUCCGCUCUUAUUAUUUCCCUGUGAAGAAUGUAAUUGAUGGGGAUCUGUGUGAGCAGUUCAACUCCAUGGAACCCAACAAACAGAAGAAUGUGGCUGAAGAGCUGGACAGGACUCCACCUGAGGUAUCCAAGAAGCUGGAGGACAUCCGCACCCGCUAUGCUUUCUAAGCAGGAGUCCAUUCUGGGACUUGGCUAGGACACAUUUCCAAAGACACAGGGUGGAGAAUCCCAGUCCCACCUCCACCCUCCCAUUCUGGCUGGAUUGUUCUGUUUUGGUUUCUUGGACCCCAGGGCCCAGCUUGCCAUAAGCAGAUUUUGUACAUGCCGUUCUAGGUGUGGGUUGAACUCUCCCAAGAGUCACAGAAACCCCCGCAAAGACUGUUCUAGAUCAUCCUCCCUUGCAGGCAGCUGACUUGCUGCAUAUGUCCCCUGCCUGUCUUUGCAGCCCCGAGCAAUGCCCUUUGUCAAACUGAGCCCGCCGCCCCCCCCCAUGUUAAGGUAUAAGUUGUAGAGGAGCAUUGUGCGACAUGGAUAGGGUGGCAGGGUGGGAGAUGCCAGGCUGGAGUUGGUCUGUCUCUUGCUUCUGUGGCCAGUAUCUGGGAACCUCUGUAUUCUUUACCCUUGUACUGUUUGAAGUGUGCAUGUCUGUAAAUAUAGUUUCGUACAACAUUAAGCUCUUGUCUGUUGAAGAGGUGGCUCCUAUGAGCCCGGUUUAGAUUUUUUUCAAAUGGACUGUGGCCCAUUAAUUAAAAGCCUUGUUGAUAAA